ACUCCCUGACUCAGCGUGGAAGAAGUUCCUCCUGUCAUUUCCAGGCUCGGCCAGCCUGGGAACAGAUUCCUGCCAGGGAGAUUUAUGUGCAGCUCUUCCUCCGUGGCGGUGCUGUCAUCGGCCGGGAGCCCGCGGCCAUCCCUGGCCCUGCUGGAGGGCACCGCGCCGCCAGCAGGAGAAGGGCAGAAACCUGGAGGUGUUUUCCAGGUGUUCCUAAGCCUCCCUGCUUUGGUUUGUCCACGUGGGAAUGAGCUUCCGAAAAAACCAUGUGAGGGACGUUGCCGGGGCUCAGGACGCGCGCGGGGGACACGGAGUCCGCCUCUCCCAGGAUGGAUCAGAGGAGGAACUGGCCUCGGCUACUGGACUCUGACGGCUGCUCAGUGGCCCUGCUCUGCCUCUUCCUGGUGUUGCUCUCCCGGGACGUGUCCAGCAAUGCCUCCUUCAACACUUUCCACUCGGAGAACCGGGACUGGACGUUCAACCACCUGACGGUGCACCGGGGCACCGGCGCCGUCUACGUGGGGGCCAUCAACAGGGUCUACAAGCUUUCGGGGAACCUGACCAUCCUGGUGGCUCACAAAACCGGUCCCGAGGAGGACAACAAAUCCUGCUACCCGCCCCUCAUCGUGCAGCCGUGCAGCGAGGUCCUCACGCUCACCAACAACGUCAACAAGCUGCUCAUCAUCGACUACUCCGAGAACCGGCUGCUGGCGUGCGGCAGCCUCUACCAGGGGGUCUGCAAGCUGCUGCGCCUCGACGACCUCUUCAUCCUGGUGGAGCCCUCGCACAAGAAGGAGCACUACCUGUCCAGCGUCAACAAGACGGGCACCAUGUACGGGGUGAUCGUGCGCUCCGAGGGCGAGGACGGGAAGCUCUUCAUCGGCACGGCGGUGGAUGGCAAGCAGGAUUACUUCCCCACCCUGUCCAGCCGCAAGCUGCCCCGCGACCCGGAGUCGUCGGCGAUGCUGGAUUACGAGCUCCACAGCGACUUCGUUUCGUCCCUCAUCAAAAUCCCCUCGGACACGCUGGCCCUGGUCUCGCACUUCGACAUCUUCUACAUCUACGGCUUCGCCAGCGGCAACUUCGUCUACUUCCUGACCGUGCAGCCCGAGACCCCCGAGGGCGUCUCCAUCAACUCCGCCAGCGACCUCUUCUACACCUCCCGCAUUGUCCGCCUGUGCAAGGACGACCCCAAGUUCCACUCGUACGUGUCCCUGCCCUUCGGCUGCGUCAGGGGGGACACGGAGUACCGCCUGCUGCAGGCCGCCUACCUGUCCAAGCCCGGGGAGGUGCUGGCCAGGGCCCUCAACAUCACGGCGCAGGAGGACGUGCUCUUCGCCAUCUUCUCCAAGGGGCAGAAGCAAUACCACCACCCCCCCGACGACUCCGCGCUCUGCGCCUUCCCCAUCCGCACCGUCAACGCCCACAUCAAGGAGCGCCUGCAGUCCUGCUACCAGGGCGAGGGCAACCUGGAGCUCAACUGGCUGCUGGGGAAGGAUGUCCAGUGCACCAAAGCGCCAGUCCCCAUCGAUGACAACUUCUGUGGGCUUGACAUCAACCAGCCCCUGGGGGGCUCGGUGCCCGUGGACGGGGUGACGCUCUUCACCUCCAGCCGCGACCGCAUGACCUCCGUGGUCUCCUACGUCUACAACGGCUACAGCGUGGUCUUCGUGGGCACCAAGACGGGCAGGCUGAAGAAGAUCCGGGCGGACGGCCCUCCGCAGGGCGGGAUCCAGUACGAGGUGGUGCCGGUGUUCAAGGACGGCAGCCCGGUGCUGCGGGACAUGGCCUUCUCCACCGACCACAAGUACCUGUACGUGAUGGCAGAGCGCCAGGUGUCCCGGGUGCCCGUGGAGUCCUGUGAGCAGUACACGACCUGCCAGGAGUGCCUGAGCUCGGGGGACCCCCACUGCGGCUGGUGCUCCCUCCACCACAUGUGCUCCCCGAGGGACCGCUGCGAGCGGGCAGAGGAGCCGUUCCGCUUCGCCGGCAGCAUCACCCAGUGCCUGAGCGUGGCCGUGCAGCCCAGCAGCAUCUCCGUGUCCGAGCACAGCCUCCCGCUCAGCCUGUGGGUGAAGGACGCUCCUGACCUGAGUGCUGGGGUCAGCUGCCUCUUUGGGAACCUGACCGAGGUGGAGGGGCAGGUGUCGGGCAGCCAGGUGGUUUGUGUGUCCCCGCCAGCCAAGGAUGUCCCUGCCAUCCCCGUGGAUCAGGACUGGUUCGGCGUCCUGCUGCAGCUGAAGUCCCGGGAGACGGGCAGGACCUUCGUCAGCACCGAGUUCAAGUUCUACAACUGCAGCGCCCACCAGCUGUGCCUGUCCUGCGUCAACAGCGCCUUCCGCUGCCACUGGUGCAAGUACCGGAACCUGUGCACCCACGACCCCACCACCUGCUCCUUCCAGGAGGGACGGAUCAACGUCUCCGAGGACUGCCCCCAGCUCUUCCCCACGGAGGAGAUCCUGAUCCCGGUGGGAGAGGUGAAGCCCAUCACGCUGAAGGCCAGGAACCUGCCACAGCCCCAGUCGGGCCAGAGGGGCUACGAGUGCGUGCUCAGCAUCCAGGGCAUCGUGCACAGGGUGCCCGCCCUGCGCUUCAACAGCUCCAGCGUGCAGUGCCAGAACAGCUCGUACCUCUACGAUGGGAUGGACAUCAGCAACCUGGCAGUGGACUUCGCCGUGGUUUGGAACGGGAACUUUGUCAUCGACAACCCCGAGAAUCUGAAAGUGCACCUGUACAAGUGCGCGGCGCAGCGCGAGAGCUGCGGGCUGUGCCUCAAGGCCGACCCCAAGUUCGAGUGCGGCUGGUGCAGCGGCGAUGGGCGCUGCUCGCUGCGGCCCCACUGCGCCUCCCCGGCACGGCCCUGGCUCCACUGGUCCGGACACAACGUCAAGUGCUCCAACCCGCGCAUCACCGAGAUCCUGACGGUGUCGGGGCCCCCGGAAGGAGGGACGAGGGUGACGAUCCGCGGCGUCAACCUGGGCCUGGACUUCUCGGAGAUCGCGCAGGGCGUGCAGGUGGCCGGGGUGCAGUGCACGCCCCUGCCCGAGCACUACGUCGUGGCCGAGCAGAUCGUCUGUGAAAUGGGGCAGGCGCUUCCAGGGAUCAGCUCCGGCCCAGUGCUCCUGUGCAUCGGAGAGUGCAAGCCCGAGUUCACGGCCAAGUCUGCGCAGCAGUUCACGUUCGUGACCCCAGCUGUGAGUUUCCUGAGCCCCAGCCGCGGCCCGGAGUCGGGAGGGACCCUGGUGACCAUCUCUGGCCACUACCUGGGGGCUGGCAGCCGCGUGUCCGUGCUCCUGGGGAACCAGACCUGCGAAUUCCACGAGCGCUCCAUGAACGAGAUCGUUUGUGUGUCAGCACCCUCAGCCCACGGCCUGGGCGCUGUCCAGGUCUCUGUCAGCGUGGACAGGGCUCAGCUGGAGGGGACUUUGCUGUUCGAGUACAUCGAUGACCCCAAGGUGCAGCACAUCGAGCCCGAGUGGAGCAUCGCCAGCGGACACACACCCCUGACUGUCACUGGCACCAACCUGGACGUGAUCCAGGAGCCGCGGAUCCGCGUCAAGUACAACGGGAAGGAGUUUGUCAAUGUGUGCAGGGUGGUGAAUGCCACGGCCCUGGCGUGCCUGGCGCCCCCGCUGAGCGCCGAGUACCGCCCGGGGCUGGACGCCGUGGAGCGCCCGGACGAGCUCGGCUUCAUCUUCAACAACGUCCAGGCCCUGCUGGUCUACAACGACACCAAGUUCAUCUUCUACCCCGACCCCACGUUCGAGAUGCUGAGCUCCAGCGGGGUGCUGGAGCAGAAGCCCGGCUCUCCCAUCAUCCUGAAGGGCAGGAACCUGUGCCCGCCCGCCCCGGGAGGAGCCAAGCUCAACUACACGGUGCUGAUCGGGGAGACGCCGUGCGCCGUCACCGUGUCCGAGACGCAGCUGCUGUGCGAGCCCCCCACGCUCAGCGGGCAGCACAGAGUGACGGUGCGCGUGGGCGGCGUCACCUUCUCGCCGGGCUCCGUGAGCAUCGUGUCCGACAGCCUGCUGACCCUGCCCGCCAUCGUCAGCAUCGCGGCCGGCGGCUCGCUGCUGCUCAUCAUCGUCAUCAUCGUCCUCAUCGCCUACAAGCGCAAGUCCCGAGAGAACGACCUCACGCUCAAGAGGCUGCAGAUGCAGAUGGACAACCUGGAGUCCCGCGUGGCCCUGGAGUGCAAGGAGGCUUUUGCAGAGCUGCAGACAGACAUCAACGAGCUGACCAGCGACCUGGACCGCUCGGGCAUCCCCUACCUGGACUACCGCACCUACGCCAUGAGGGUGCUGUUCCCGGGCAUCGAGGACCACCCCGUGCUGCGGGAGCUGGAGGUCCAAGGGAACGGGCAGCAGAGCGUGGAGAAGGCCCUGAAGCUCUUUGCCCAGCUGAUCAACAACAAGGUGUUCCUGCUGACCUUCAUCCGCACGCUGGAGCUGCAGCGCAGCUUCUCCAUGCGCGACCGCGGCAACGUGGCCUCGCUCAUCAUGACGGGGCUGCAGGGCAAGCUGGAGUACGCCACCGACGUCCUCAAGCAGCUGCUCUCAGACCUCAUCGAGAAGAACCUGGAGAACAAGAACCACCCCAAGCUGCUCCUGCGCAGGACCGAGUCUGUGGCCGAGAAGAUGCUGACGAACUGGUUUGCCUUCCUGCUCCACAGGUUCCUCAAGGAAUGUGCCGGAGAGCCGCUGUUCAUGCUGUACUGCGCCAUCAAACAGCAGAUGGAGAAGGGCCCCAUCGAUGCCAUCACGGGAGAGGCGCGCUACUCCCUGAGCGAGGACAAACUCAUCCGGCAGCAGAUCGAGUACAAGACCCUGAUCCUGAACUGUGUGAACCCAGACAACGAGAACAGCCCGGAGAUCCCCGUGAAGGUGCUCAACUGCGACACCAUCACCCAGGUCAAGGAGAAGAUCCUGGACGCCGUGUACAAAAACGUGCCCUACUCCCAAAGACCCAGAGCCGUGGACAUGGAUUUGGAGUGGCGACAGGGCCGGAUCGCCCGCGUGGUGCUGCAGGACGAGGACAUCACCACCAAGAUCGAGGGGGACUGGAAGCGCCUCAACACCCUGGUGCACUAUCAGGUGUCAGACCGCUCCGUGGUGGCCCUGGUCCCCAAGCAAACCUCGUCCUACAACAUCCCUGCCUCUGCCAGCAUCUCCCGGACCUCCAUCAGCAGAUACGACUCCACGUUCCGCUACACGGGCAGCCCCGACAGCCUCCGCUCGCGCGCGCCCAUGAUCACCCCCGACCUGGAGAGCGGCGUCAAGGUCUGGCACCUGGUCAAGAACCACGACCACGGCGACCAGAAGGAGGGGGACAGGGGCAGCAAGAUGGUGUCUGAGAUCUACCUGACCAGGCUGCUGGCCACAAAGGGCACGCUGCAGAAGUUCGUGGAUGACCUGUUUGAGACGCUGUUCAGCACGGUGCACCGCGGCAGCGCCCUGCCCCUGGCCAUCAAGUACAUGUUCGACUUCCUGGACGAGCAGGCGGACAAGCACGGCAUCCACGACACCGACGUGCGCCACACCUGGAAGAGCAACUGCCUUCCCCUGCGCUUCUGGGUGAACGUGAUCAAAAACCCGCAGUUCGUGUUCGACAUCCACAAGGGCAGCAUCACGGACGCCUGCCUGUCCGUGGUGGCUCAGACCUUCAUGGACUCCUGCUCCACCUCGGAGCACCGCCUGGGCAAGGACUCGCCCUCCAACAAGCUGCUGUACGCCAAGGACAUCCCCAGCUACAAGAGCUGGGUGGAGAGGUAUUACGCGGACAUCGCCAAGCUCCCGGCCAUCAGCGACCAGGACAUGAACGCCUACCUCGCCGAGCAGUCGCGCCUGCACGCCGUGGAGUUCAACAUGCUGAGCGCGCUCAACGAGAUCUACUCCUACGUCAGCAAGUACAGCGAGGAGCUGAUCGGGGCUCUGGAGCAGGACGAGCAGGCUCGGAGGCAGCGCUUGGCGUACAAAGUAGAGCAACUCAUUGGGGCCAUGUCCUUCGAGAGCUGAGGAGAGGCCACGGCAGCAAAGGGCAGAGGAUCGCACGGACUCUCGGGAAUUUGGAGGGAGAACAAGCAAGGAAGGCUCUGGACACACCCCCCAAGGCUCUUCUGGAGAGAGCAGAGCCUGGCCCAAGGACUGGCUGAGCUCAAAAAUCGUACAGGAUCCAGUUUGGAAGGGCAGGAAGGGAAGAUGAGGGAACAUCUCAAUCAAAGCCCAAGCAAGGUGGAUCAUUUUCUCGAGCGUCCACGGAAAGAAGGAACCUGGAAAGUCUGGAUGUCUCCACGACUGCUGCUUUGCAUGAAAAUUGUUUAAUGUAUAUUAGAAAAUAAAACUUUAUUUAAAGGGUUUUUUUUUAAAAAAAAAAAAAAAGAAGAAAAAGGAAAAAAAAUCAAUAGAACAAAAACCACAGAGGCCAUAGAGAUAAUCCUGGCAAGAAGGAUCAGCUCUGAAUCCUGUCCCUGAGAGGACAGGCUCAGGCAUUCUGCAAACGGACCCUCACGCCAAUUGGAACAUCUGGAAAACCCAAAUGUCUUUGUUUUGGAUUCUUACAACAAAUAGGAGCACAAGUUUGCACCACACCUUUCUACACAAGCGAAAUACCAGUUUUGCCCGAAAAUAGUCCAGUGGCUGAGUAACUUAGAGGCACUAGAAGGAACUUUUACCUGAAUUGCAAAACCAUCAGAUCGUACAACCUGUCUUGAAAUCCAGCUUUAUCCAUGUAUUUAUGUAGUGUCAGUACAUAUUUUUUUAGAUCCCAUUUACUGUUGAACGAGGAAAGAUCUGAAUUUCAUUGCUUUUCCCUUUUCCACCCCCAUCCCACCUCGCUGGCUGCCAGUGAUCCAGGAGUGUCCAGCAGUGUCCAGGAUGGCCGUGGUGACCCAGCAGUGUCCAGGAUGGCUAUGGGGAUCUGGCAGUGUCCAGCAGUGACCAGCAUGGCUGUGGUGACCCAGGAGUGUCCAGCAGUGACCAGCAUGGCCGUGGUGACCCAGCAGUGUCCAGCAUGGUCCUGGUGACCCAGCAGUGACCAGCAUGGCCGUGGUGACCCAGCAGUGUCCAGCAUGGUCCUGGUGACCCAGCAGUGACCAGCAUGGCCGUGGUGACCCAGCAGUGACCAGCAUGGCCGUGGUGACCCAGCAAUGAUCCAUUCAGUGCCCACUGCUGGUUCCUGCAGGUGCCACGUGAGCCAGGGCAGAGCUGGGCUGGCACCCCCAGGGUUGGUUUCGGGGGUCUCCAGCAGCCGCCCCCGAUUUCUUGCAGCAAAACCCCCAAACCCCGAUGUUUACGGUGACAAUACUUGAAAAGCCUGGAUGCUGGGAGAGCAGAUUUUUGUUGCUUUUCUGCUUUUCUGCGGCGCCCUUCAGCACAGGCUGCCUUUGGGUGUCUCUGCCAGCGAUUGCCGCCUCGCCCAGGGCCAGGACUUGCAUUUCCACUGGGAAAGGGAGAGAAAUCUCCACUCCAGGCAAGAGCAAACCUUAACCAGCACCCCCGGGCCAGCCAGCUCUGCUGUCGUGUCUGUGUCGGUGUCCCGUUGUCCUCUUCAGUUCCUUGCUGGCCCCCACGGCACACGUUCCUGUGGCCAAGCAAAUGUUUGUGAGUGUUAUUUCUUUCAAAGACACCAAAGCUUAUGUGUGUCCCUUUGUAGAGUGCCAGGAGGGGAAGGAAUGCUGUAAAUAUUUCUCUCUGUAGUAAAUGCUGAUGCGUGUGCAGGCUGCAGUGGGGAGGGCAGGGAGAGGAGGCCCAAUGGAAAUACAAGUGUUGGCUGCAGGAGCUUGGCAGUGGCAGCAAAAUAAUUCCUGGUGUGUGCCCAGGCAGUGUCACACCAGACUGGGACUGUCGCUUGCAGCCAGUGUGUGUUGAAGGAAAAUCCACUUCCAUCUCCAUCCCCGUCCUCCAUUCCUGCCUGCAGGAGCCCAGCAGGGCUCCCAGAGAGCUGCUGGCUCUGUGUCCUGCAGCCCAGCACCAGGGGAGGGGAGAAGCACGUAGAGAAAUACUCAGGAAACUUGGUUUAAUUACCAUUCAGU